AAACCGAUAUCAGAAAAGAGAGCGUUGAUUUGUGCGUGUUGGAAGGUGAAGGAGAGACGGUGAUGAUGAUGAUGAACGAUGGAGGUGACGAUGAUGGAUCGCAGUUGCAUCAACGAUUUCCGGUGAAGGAUAUGAGUGUCGAUGAGCGAAUUCACCAUCCGAUCAAAAAUAAAUUCAGGAUGCGCGUCGUAUUAACAAUCUGGCACACCUACAAGAUCCCAUCGGCGCGGCCAGCCGCGCGGGUAGUCGCUAGCAACGUCAAGCGCACGACGUUCAUCUUCUCCGCGUUUAUACACCACCUGGGACGUCGGCGGCAUGUACGGAGUGUCUCAGAUAAGCAUAUCUCACUCGGGAGGAGACACGCAACACCUUUCAUAAAUCGCCCCACCGUGGUCUGUGUCGGUGCGAGGCGCGGGAGCGUGAGCGUGUGCAUGCAGACUGUACGCGCGACCUGGAGCGACGUGUUUUAAUCGGAGGGUAAGCUUUCGCAAUGCCGAAGUCUUCGAGAAGAAGAAGAAAAAGAAGCCGCCCACGGUUUCGCAGCCACGUUCUCUCUCUCUCUCUCUCUGGAUCACCGCAGAUCGUCGCAGCGCACACGCAUCAUACCGAGAGCUCCCGCGCGCAGCGUUUCACGAAUACUUAGAAAAUCCAAACAACAUUCAACAGUAUUUAUUUAACAAGUCGCAAGAUGAUACAUCGAAUAGAAGGGGUUGGGAUCAACAACAAAUCAAGAGGCUCUAACUACAGACAAGAGGGCGGGAAAUCGGUGCAAACGCAAAAACAGAUAACCGGCUCUGGAGAAAUGGAUGAUGGCGCCUCCUAACUCUCUUUCUUUAUCUCUCGUUUUCUACCUGCUCGAGAUGCCUGUUGGGAUGCGAGAGUACCUAGUUCGCUAAUCACCGCAGCAGCAGCGCACAGCUUCCGCUGAGCUUAACACAGUAUCGUGAAGGGACUGUACAAAGCAUCCGAAAUAUCUGUCAUUAAAUUUACAAGGUACAAUUCUUUCUCUCUCUCUCUCUCUCGUGAUCUUUCUUCUCUCUGUUCUUUUCUUUUUUUCUUUUAAUUUAUCAACAAUUAUCCAUAAUUCUCUUUACAAAUUCGUUCGACAGGUUCAACGGUCUAAGCGAGACUAAUGGGAGGAUUGCGACCCUCCGGUCCUCCAGGAUAAAAUCGGCAAUCCGACGGUACAACGCGCGCGGCGAGAUGGACGACGAUCGAUCAUGCGAGUUGUGGGAGUCGGAAGGAGCUUGCAGAAGGGGGGAGAAACGACAAUGUGGAGGAGGGGUAACGAGGGGAUAAGAGUUCAU